AUGCACCAUGACCCCGGAAACGCUGCAACACCUUCCCCUUCGCCGCACAAGCCCAUCUCUUCCCUCUCUUCGCCUUUGCUUCCUCGCCUCCAACCGCUCCGCUCCCACCUUCUUAUCCUCCCCUCGUCUUCUCGCCGGCGUCGUCAUCGGAUGGCCAACGACGCGGCUCUGAGGUCGUCCCUGGUCUGGUUGGCGGCGGCGAUGGUGGCGGUCGGGCUGUGGACGCACUCCUUCAAGAAGGUGGUGGCGACGUACGGGGCGGGCAUGCUGGGGAUCGCCGGCGUCCUCUUGCCGGACUGGGACUACUUCGACCGCGACUUCUCCCAGUGGACCACCCCGGUCAGCGCCGAGGAGAGAGCCGCCAUUUCUUUGCAGCGGUCUCGCUUCGCAAGGUUUAGAAUCUAUCCUCUGCGUUUGGCCGUGUACACAUGCGUCUAUGGAUUUGGUCUGUACAAGUGGUGGGCGUUCGUAUCCAGUUGAAUCGAGUUUCUGGAAUCACAAAACAUAACUGCGUCGAUCGCGUGCGUGCGUGCCUCAGGCGUCCGCCCUUCUGAAUCUUACCAAAAUCCGGUGAGACCCGCUAAUUUCGACGGAGCAUGUACGCCCAAUCCCGGUGAUAAUGUGUCUAGGAAUAGCGGGCCACAACAACGAGGAGGAGGACUCGUUUCAGAAGCAUUUUCACCAGAUUUCCCUUGUUAUGAUGAUGCAUGAUUCCUGCUAGAUCUUUUCCACUUAGUACAGUUCUACUGUUUGACAUGUUCAAUUAAUGAUUAUUUUCCUCCGGAAUGUUGCAUUUAUUGUUGGGAUUAGUGGGAAUUGAGUGAUGAACUUUUGGUGUACUCCAUUGAUGAAUGAUAGGAGAUCCUAUUUGUAG